CCUGCGCGAUGGAGAGCGUGACUGAGGGGACGUGGGGUUCCCUGCCCGUGGAGCUGAGCCCCGGCGUUGCGCUGGCCUUGCAGGAGCUGCGCUUUUCUCACAUGACGCCUGUGCAGUCUGCAACGAUUCCCUUAUUCAUGACAAACAAGGACGUGGCUGCUGAAGCGGUAACGGGCAGCGGCAAAACAUUAGCGUUUGUCAUUCCCAUCAUAGAAAUUCUGCUCCGGCGGGAAGAAAAGCUCAAGAAAAUGCAGGUUGGCGCAAUUGUCAUCACGCCUACAAGAGAGCUUGCUGUUCAAAUAGAUGAGGUGAUAACCCAUUUCACGAAGCAUUUCCCACAGUUUAGCCAGUGUCUUUUAAUUGGAGGGAAGAAUCCCAUGGAAGAUGUCGAAAGGUUCAAAGAACGAGGCGGAAACAUCCUCGUAGCCACUCCGGGUCGUUUGGAGGACAUGUUCCGGAGGAAAUCGGAGGGGCUGGAUCUGACCAGCUGUGUGAAAUCUCUCGACGUCCUGGUCUUGGAUGAAGCUGAUCGGCUCUUGGAUAUGGGCUUUGAAGCAAGUUUAAAUACCAUCCUGGGCUUUUUGCCCAAGCAGAGACGGACAGGCCUCUUCUCAGCAACUCAGACCCAAGAAGUCGAGAACUUGGUGAGGGCCGGCCUCCGGAACCCCGUCCGCAUCUCGGUGAAGGAGAAGGGGAUGGCAGCGAGCAACACCCAGAAGACUCCCACCCGGCUCCAAAACUACUACAUGAUCUGCAAUGCAGAUGAGAAAUUUAACCAGCUGGUUGACUUCCUUCGUCACCACAAGCCAGAAAAGCACCUUGUCUUUUUCAGUACCUGUGCCUGCGUGGAGUAUUAUGGGAAGGCUUUGGAAUCCUUGAUCAAGAAUGUGAAAAUAAUGUGCAUCCAUGGGAAAAUGAAACACAAACGGAAUAGGAUAUUCACAGAUUUCCGGAAACUUUCAAGUGGCAUUCUGGUUUGCACUGACGUCAUGGCCCGGGGCAUAGACAUUCCAGAAGUCAACUGGGUUUUGCAGUAUGACCCUCCAAGCAAUGCAAGUGCCUUCGUACAUCGCUGUGGCCGCACGGCCCGCAUCGGCCACCUGGGCAACGCCCUGGUCUUCUUGCUUCCCAUGGAAGAAGCCUAUAUAAAUUUCUUAGCCAUUAACCAAAAGUGUCCCAUGCAGGAAAUGAAACUGCAGAGUAACGUAGCGAAUGUUCUGCCCAAGCUGAAGUCCCUGGGUUUGGCCGACAGAGCUGUGUACGAGAAAGGGAUGAAGGCCUUCGUGUCUUUCGUGCAGGCCUACGCCAAACACGAGUGCAACCUGAUUUUCCGGCUCAAAGACCUGGAUUUUGCCAGCCUAGCUCGAGGCUUUGCUUUGCUGAAGAUGCCAAGGAUGCCGGAGCUGAAAGGCAAGUGUUUCCCGAACUUCACACCUGUCGAUAUCGACACGGACUCGAUUGCGUUCAGAGACAAAAACAGAGAGAAGCAAAGGCAGAACUUUCUAGAGCAACGAAGGAAACAGAGGCAGGAGGAAGAAGGGAAGAGGAAAUUCACCAGGAACAAGGCCUGGUCCAAGCAAAAAGCGAAGAAGGAGAAGAAGAAGAUGAUGACAGCCAAACGCAGAAAAGAGGAGGGUUCUGAUGUAGAAGAUGAAGAUAUGGAGGAGCUGCUCAAAGACACGCGACUCUUGAAAAAGUUGAAGAAGGGCAAAAUUAGUGAGGAAGAGUUUGAGAAGAAACUGCUGUGCAGCCAGAAGGUAGCCCAGGCACAUAUUGGGGGUGGCUCAGACUCCACAGAAUGAAAUAUCACUCCCC